ACCAUAACAAAACCUGGCUGUCAAACGCUGGUUCCCCGGAAAAUAUUCGGCUUCGAUUUUUUCACCAUACGGCGUACAAGAAAAAGUUAAUUUCUUUAAUCAAAAAUAUCUCGAAAGUGGCUGCCAUUGGUUACAGGGAACCCAUUGGCACGGUUUGGUGUAGUGAAACAAUUGGCCCUUCGCACAUUUGACGCCCGACAGUAGACACCAAGCAAACGGAAAAUGGAGCAAGAGGGGAGCUAUUUGCAGGGAAUGCCUCCAAACAUGAUUGGCAUGCUGCCCGAUCCACCGGUCAGCAUGCCCAGCACGAAUCAAGGAUUCCCAAAAAAGGCUGCCCGUAAUAAGAAAACCACGAAGAAUACGGAACGGUUUCUACCGAUCGAGGAAGCGCUCAAGACAGAACUUACCACGAACAACAUGAAAACACCCAUAUCUCUGCUGCAGGAGCUGCUCAGCCGCCGUGGCAUUACGCCGCAGUACGAUCUGAUACAGGUGGAGGGAACGGUGCACGAACCAGCCUUCCGGUACCGCGUGUCGUACCAGAAUAAGGACGCCCUCGGUACGGGAAAGUCCAAGAAGGAAGCGAAGCAAGCGGCAGCCAAGGCGCUCAUAGACAAGCUGACCGGAUCUUCUUUUCACGAUUUUCCCGGUGCAUAUGCGCACGAGGAGGUCCAAGACGCUAACAACGAGGAGGAACCGACGGGCAAUCCUAUCGGCUGGCUGCAGGAGAUGUGCAUGGCACGCCGCUGGCCACCGCCAACGUACGAGACGGAAACGGAAAAGGGUCUUCCGCACGAACGGCAGUUUACGAUAGCGUGCGUGGUCUUGAAGCACCGUGAGGUGGGCGAAGGCAAGAGUAAGAAGAUCGCGAAGCGGCAGGCGGCACAAAAGAUGUGGCAACGGUUGCAGGAUCAACCGUUGGAAUCGAACCAGAUGAUGGCGCUGUUGGAUGAGGACGGUAACGAAGAGCUACGCCAGACUGACCACGGUGACCGGUACGCAUGCCUAAAGGAUGUUUCCAUACCGACACUCUCAAAGAGCCAAAGCGUGAAGGUGUCCCAGUUUCAUAAGGCGCUAAAGUCGCGCGCGGGCAAAUUGUUGCAGCAGCUGCAGGGUCUAAGUCUGAGCGAUAGGAAUGUGAACUGCACCGAGCUGCUGGACGAAAUAGCCAAAGAGCAACGGUUCCUCGUGACGUACGUGGAUAUCGACGAGAAGUCAGCCAACAACAAGUUCCAGUGCUUGGUGCAGCUGUCCACGAUGCCGGUUGCCGUGUGCCAUGGCAGUGGGCUUACGAUUCCUGAGGCCCACGCACAUGCGGCACGCAACUCGCUCGAGUAUCUCAAGAUAAUGUCAAAAUCUUAUACGGAAUAAAUAUGAUUCGUGGACAUCGAUAGAAGGAGGAAAUUUAGUCCUUGCCCUGGCAGGCAGGUCGGCUGCAGUGUAAAAUAACCAUCGACAACAGAGCUGGGAGUUCGUUUCAGUUGGGGUAACACACAACUUUGCUUUUUUAUUGUUUUGCGAUAAUUUUUUCAUCAAUUUGUGGAUUUGUUUUACUACUUUAUUAUUCAUCGCUUCGCCAAUGCUGCCUGACGGUAUUUUUGUUUUCUAUUUGAUCUAUAUUUCUAUAUUCUCUUAUAUAUUUUUUUCUAUUCCAUACAAAUGAUUAUUAUCACUUUGAAUACCGUUUGACAUCAUCAUGGCGCAAGCCUUUUUGAAUUGAAAACUUUUUACAUGCUCCAACCAGACCUUUAUCUUGCUCACAUUUCUUUGUGUAAAAUAAUUUUAAUGGCUACCGGCUACCGAUACUACGCCGGAUGAAUUCAUCGACAUAAUGUGUUAUGAUAUAAAAGAAACAAGCUAUACGUUACACGAAAUUAGUGGAUUUUGUUUUCUCAUCCCAACAACAACUUUAAUCUUUGUUAAAGAAGCCACAACAAAAGUGGCAGCUUAGUACAGUUUUAGCCGUUCCUAAUAUUUAUAUUCAUCAAAACAAAAAAAAACUAUCGAUUGGUUGUACCCGACAAGCGUACCGUUUUUUUGUAUAUAAUGUAUUAAAGCGUUUUGUUUAACUGUGCCAACCCUGAGGCAUUCGCACAAAACACAGAGAGUGUGUGUGCGUACGUGUGUAUUUAAUUAAGUCAGGAAAUUAUUAAUACUUUAAUUUAUGCUUUAUUUGCCCCUUGCUGCCACAGUAGGUAGAAUGGAUUUCUGUCGCGUUUAGUUUGUAAACUGCCAGAUAAGAUGUGUUAUGCGCUUAGUUUUUAACUUCAUUUUUUUCUUACUUGAAUCGUUGAAAACUGUAGGACAGGAUAGCCUUUUGUUGCAAGAAAAUAGCUUACUCACAAGUGUUACCAACGUAAAGUACGUUAACGAGAAUGGUUCAGCAUAUUGUGCAAAGAGAACAGCUUCAAUACUUAAUCAUAUCUUUUUGCGCAUCAUAAUCCAACAACCCGGCUAUUUCCUUUCUACAUCACCAACUUAAAUCUGAUAGUGAAAUGCAUCAUCAUCGUGCGUAUAAUGCUAUAUCACGUAUCAGCUAUUGUCUCUAGCACUACGAUAUAAACUGUAAAAGAGGGUCAUUGAAUUAUUGCAGUCGGCAAAAACGAUAAAACAAUAGAGAGCGUGUGUUAGCAUUAGCAUUUGUAACUCUCUCACCAACUCAGGUGACCAGUGACCCGCGUGUGUUCUUAAAGGAAAUUGGACGUUUAUUUGAUGCAAGGCAAAGAGAUUGGAUUCUUGAGUGGAUAAAAUAAAUACAAUGAAAUGAAAUGAAAGAUAA